CAGGAGUCAUGGACGAGAUGGAGGAAGAGCUGAAGUGCCCGGUGUGCGGCUCCUUCUUCCGCGAGCCCAUCAUCCUGCCAUGCUCCCACAACAUCUGCUCUGCCUGCGCGAGGAACAUCCUGGUGCAGACCCCCGACUCGGAGGACUCCCCGCAGAGCAGGUCCGGGGGGGACUAUGACUACCUGGACCUGGACAAGAUGAGCCUGUACAGCGAGGCGGACAGCGGGUACGGAUCCUACGGGGGCUUCGUGAGCGCGCCCACCACCCCGUGCCUGAAGUCCCCCAACGGGGUGCGUGUUUUCCCUCAGCCUCCUCCCCCCCAGAGCCUCCUGCAGCCCGGACCCUUAACCCCGAAUCUCCUGCAGCCCGGACCCUUAUCCCCGAACCUCCUGCAGCCCGGGUCCUUACCCCCCAUCCCCCGCAACUCCUGCAUCACAUGCCCGCAGUGCCACCGCAGCCUGAUCCUGGACGAGCGGGGGCUGCGCGGCUUCGCCAGGAACCGGGUCCUGGAGGGGGUGGUGGACCGGUACCAGCAGAGCAAGGCGGCCGCGCUCCGGUGCCAGCUGUGCGAGAAGAGCCCCCCCCACGAGGCCACGGUUAUGUGCGAGCAGUGCGACGUCUUCUACUGCGACCCGUGCCGCGUACGCUGCCACCCCCCGCGCGGCCCGCUCGCCAAACACCGCCUGGUUCCGCCUGCGCAGGGCCGGAUCAGCCGCCGCACGAGCCCCCGCAAAACCUCCACCUGCACGGAGCACGAGCUGGAGAACCUGAGCAUGUACUGCGUGCAGUGCAAGAUGCCCGUGUGCUACCAGUGUCUCGAGGAGGGCAGGCACGGGACGCACGAAGUCAAAGCUCUGGGAGCCAUGUGGAAACUGCACAAGGGUCAGCUGUCUCAGGCUCUCACCGGACUCACAGACCGAGCCACCGAGGCCAAAGAGUUCCUGGUUCAGCUGAGGAACAUGGUGCAGCACAUCCAGGAGAACGGAGUGGAGUUCGAGGCAUGUCUCGUGGCUCAGUGCGACGCUCUUAUCGAGGCUCUGAACCGACGCAAAGCCCAGCUGCUGUCCCGGGUCAACAAGGAGCACGAGCACAAACUCAACGUGGUGCGGGAUCAGAUCUCCCACUGCACGGUGAAGCUGCGUCAGACCACCGGCCUGAUGGAGUACUGCCUGGAGGUCAUCAAGGAGAACGACCCCAGCGGCUUCCUGCAGAUUUCGGACGCGCUGAUCCGGAGGGUGCACAUGACGGAGGGCCAGUGGGGGAAGGGCACUCUGACCCCCCGCAUGAACAGCGACUUUGACCUGACUCUGGACAGCGGCCCCCUCCUGCAGACCAUUCACCAGCUGGACUUCGUGCAGAUGAAAGUCCCGGCGGCCCCCAUGCUGCAGCUGGAGGAGUGCUGCACGCAGAACAACAGCGCUACGUUGUCAUGGAAACAACCGCCGCUGUCCACCAUCGCCGUGGACGGUUACAUCCUGGAGCUGGACGACGGCAACAUGGGGCCCUUCAGGGAAGUGUACGUGGGCACGGAGACCAUCUGCACGGUGGACGGGCUUCACUUCAACAGCACCUACAAAGCUCGGGUGAAGGCGUUCAACAACAGCGGGGUCGGCCAGUACAGCAAGACCCUCGUCAUGCAGACCUCCGAGACCGGACUCCCUCCAUGUGAUAUACAGUCUCUAGGCUCAGUCUCCUGGUUCACCUUCGACCCGGUGUCGGCCCACCAGGACAUCAUCCUGUCCAACGACAACCUGACCGUGUCGUGCAACAGCUAUGACGACCGGGUGGUGAUGGGUAACUCGGCGCUGUCGCGCGGCGUGCACUACUGGGAGAUGACGGUGGAUCGCUAUGACAACCACCCCGACCCGGCGUUCGGCGUGGCGCGCAGCGACGUGCUGAAGGACGUGAUGCUGGGGAAGGACGACAAGGCCUGGGCCAUGUACGUGGACAACAACCGGUCCUGGUUCAUGCACAACAACUCACACACCAACAGGACAGACGGCGGCAUCAGUAAAGGAGCGACGAUAGGGAUCCUGAUGGACUUCACCCGGGGGAUCCUCAUUUUCCUCAUCAACGACGAGCAGCAGGGGCCCGUCGCCUUCGAGGGCCUGGAGGGGGUCUACUACCCCGCCAUCAGCCUCAACAGGAACGUCCAGAUCACGCUGCACACUGGUCUGCCCAUCCCUGAUUUCUACACCACCGGGGAGGCCGAUCCCGCCAACUCAGUCUGCUGAAGGCUGACCGCGGCGGGGGGAAACCUCGCCGGGAUUUCCCAGGGUUCAUCCUGCCUGUCAGUAACUAUCACCCCCCCCCCACCCCCCACUCUCCAGCUGAGCCAUGCCUUUAUCAUGCAUAAACCUUGAACACUUGGACUAACUGAGAUGCACCGUGCUUUGCAGUCUGCUCUGACCCGUUACAGAGGGGGAGAGAAGGGGGGAUAAGGUUGGAAAAUGAUCCUGAAAUGUUUGUGCAAUGACCUGCUAAAAGGAGUAAUUCUAUUUAGCUCUCUUAAGAGCUGCAGAUCAUUUCCUUAUUAAUAUCAAUACAAAACCCAAGAGUAAAUUACAUUGCUUUCACAGCUCUACUCAUAUUGUGCGCUAAAUAUGAAGCUACAGUUAGCUUGGUUCUGCAUCAAGACUGGAGCCUUUUUGCUCCUGGAAAUGAUUUGUAAUUUGUAUAAUCAGUGCAAAAACAGGAUUGUAAAAACAGGCCCAAAACAUAUUCACACGAAAGUGCAACGUGACGCUUUUACAUUUCAUUUCUGAAGUUAAUCAGUGAGUUUUAGAGGUGCUGUUGCAGCAUUUUACUCACUUUGGAGCCAGGCUAGCUGUUAAGAGUCUUUAUGCUAAGCUACAUUAGCCUCCCAUGCAGUCAUGAAGGUGGCUCUUUUUAUCUGACUCUCAACAAGAAAGUAAGCCAGCUUUCAUGAAAUAUUACACUUCAAAAGAAAGGACUUUGGGUUUCAAAUUGAUGGAACAAGUUAUCACAAGUUAUACCAUCAACACACAGUCAUGAGAAUCCUGCAACAUUUCCUAGGAUUCUUCCUCUGGAAAGUCCAGUUUUUUACACGGUUAAUUAGAUCUUAUUCUACCAUCAGGUAUAUUUAUUUUCCUGCCAGCGAUCAUGAGUGUCCUGCGUGAUUAAAAACACCUGGGAUUCAGAAACGUCUGCAGGGUUGAACCUCUGGGAACCACGACUGUGUGUAGGAUGCUUUGUAAACGGACUGACCUUAGGAAAAGUAGUCCCCAUCAGUAUACAGGUUAUGGAGGGCGUGAGAGGUUGUGUUUUUUGCAUUACUGUGUGAGGUGGGGGGGUGUAUUGUUUGCAAUGAACCCUGGGAGAUCUGCAUCACCGCCAUAUCCUCACCCGUGCACAUGAGGCGCUUCUCUUCGUGGCUUAGCUUCUGUAUCGUCUGCAAUGAACAGCACGGUAUCGUCAGCGUAGAGGCGCUCUCGGACGCUUCGUGCGGUCUCUCUCUCUGUGGUGCAGCUCUGUCAACAGGGGGGGUUUUGGUGUAUUUAUAAUGAAGGGGGGCGAGUGUGUGUGUUACAGUGUGUCGUAAAUGGUUAAAGCUCUUUCAAUAAGGUGCUACGGCGGCGCGCUACAUCCCGGCUUUUUUUAAUCCUGGUAGUUUUGUAAUGCUGUGACUGAGACGCAGAGCGGUGCAUAGCUAAAUAAGUUAUCGAUGUUCAGAGUUUUUAAGGAGAACUUAUCCUCGUUCCUUUAUUAGAUGUAUAGUUAUUACAGAAGGAGAGAAUCUUAAUGUUGUCGCUUUAAGAAAUGUCGUUUGUAAACUGUUUAUCAAACUGAUUGAGUCCCGCUGAAGCAAACAGGAAAGGGAACGAUGUACUGGGAGGGGCAACAGCCUCCUCAACUAACUGGGCAAUGCUGAGUAUACAUUGCCCCAGUAUACAAAUACAGGAAGCUAUAGCUAUCGGCUGUUAGCUAUCGAUCCAGCUCUCACCAAACUCAUCAUUUUAAUUGGAAUGAUUAAUUGGUGGUUGGACUCGUGGUUCGGACCUGACCUCUGGGUAUCAUGAACAACAAUUAGUGCCAAAGUACAUUUGAACAUGUUUAACAGAAUGAGGGACUUUGCCAGAUAUUUAUGGUAUUUGUGCUUUGAAAUGAUGCAAAAAGUGCCAAAAUGUACGGUAAUUUAACCGUUUUAGUGACACUUUAUUUGGCAGAUAGUCUAAUCUUCUAUGUCUCAUUUAAAUUAAAUGUCAGAGGGCAAAAUAUGGAUCGCACGUCAUGUGUUCUCGUCCGUCUAUCCUAUCCUCUAAGUGGGUUGAUAUGUACAGUACCUUUAUUGACGUAUUUAAAAAAGAAAAGCACUAUUAUGCCUGUUUCUCCGUUAUGCAGCAGUGGAACAUGUAGAGGGAUAAUGAAAGUCUGUAGGACUCUUCCUCUGGGAACCAUGCAUAUCUGUGCUCAAUAUCCGAGGAAUCCAUCCGAUAGUUGUCCAGAUAAUUGAAUGAAUCCGGGGACCUGGAUCCAGAACGUCCAGAGGUCAGGUCGAGGUGACUGCUGCCCAGAUUCCCGGUGCAUCCUCUUCCUGAACAUCGUCCAGCAUUCACAUUAAAAUGCUUUCCUGUGUUUAAGCUUCAUGGGCGUGCCUUUUCCCCUCUUCAGUACCCGCAGGAUUUAUUCAAACUUUGCUCAGGAAUAAAUCCCAGCUUCAGCAGAGGAGCUGUAACAUCUGAUGCCUGACUUCACCUGCUGCUAUUUUUCUAUCGGCCAAGAGGAGCAAAUUCUGACCCUGUUUGUGAUGAACAUGAUUUCAGUCAGGUGUCUUUCUUAACUUUAUAACUCCUCCAGCAUUUCUGUUUUAUCUCCCCCAGGAUAGAUAUUGAUUGUAAAUGUUUUAAGACACGGCUGCAGGAUAUUUCAUUUACAGCUGAUGUGCAUGAGUGCAGACUGCAGAACGCUGCACGGCUGGAUUCAAGCUCUGAUUUCUGCAUCAUUUAAAUAUAGGUUUCUAAAGACAGGGCCUUUAUAUCUGAGCGUAAAUACAAAAGCAGACAUCAGACCACUUCAGAAAACAGGAAUAACAAACAAAUGGUUUUAAUUCAGAUCAUUAACCAGAUUAACAACCCUUCUGUGAGAAUAAAUGAUGUUUCUGACUGAACAAUCCCAUAACUGUGUUUCUGUUCUGAACACAAGAGCGUGCGGAUGAUUCAAAGGUGUGUGAUUGUCACAUUUAUGAUUUCAAAGCAGCCAAAAACACUUUAGAGACACUAAACUCAGACCCCGGAGUAUUUAGACAAGCUUUUAUCAAUUAUUAUUAAAAACGCUGCACACAGUCGCUGGGCGACACUGGGUGUUAUAUAUCCAAAUGUACGUGUGUGUGUGUGUGUGUGUGUGUGUGUGUGUGUGUGUGUGUGUGUGUGUGUGUGUGUGUGUGUGUGUGUGUGUGUGUGUGUGUGUGUGUGUGUGUGUGUGUGUGUGUGUGUGUGUGU